AUGGAAAGUAUUGAGCUCCAACCUAACCACAAAGUUGAAGGCGACGACUACAUAUUCCCAUACAUCGCCCCAAAUGGACUGAUUCAUCCUAAACGUGACAUGAGCUACGACAUGCUGCAAGGAUUGCUUACCAAGUUUGCAGCAGCAGCUGGGCUGAAAAAACAUUACACCACACAUUGCUUUCGUCGUGGUGGCGUGCAGUACAGGUUUAUGUAUGCGCCUAUUGGAAUGCGGUGGCCACUAAGCUGGAUCCGAUGGUGGGGUGGAUGGGCAAUUGGAGAGCAUGUAAGUCAUCUCAUUACUGGAGGUCUAAGAGCUUCAUUUCUCACCGAAAUGUCACUGUCAAUGUCAAGGUUGACACAUUGA